UGCUGGCCUUCGAAAUGGGCUCGACUCCUUAGCCUUGAUUUCUUCAAUUGUCCCUCCGCAUAUCAACUUUUUAUAAAGAAAAGCCUGUUCGCGAUGACAUUUGGAGGUGAAUUGGUAGACAAGGUCAGCCAGUUGAUUUCAACACUGGUUCCUGUGCAGGCUGACUGGCUUGCAACUCUCACUUCCUGUGCAGUACAAUAAAGCUACUUGCUUGGUCAGAGGAUUGCGAUGAAACACGCUCAGGAACGCAACCAGGAGUGCCUGCCUCCUAAGAAAAGGGACCUCCUGGUUAGUAACAGCAGUGGAGGUGGAGGGGCAGGAGGAGCCGGGGCUGCAGGGGGGGGCAGCAGCGGAGGUGGCAGUAGAGCUGGUGGAGGUGGUGUUGGAGAAGAUGAUUUGGUUUCCAUCCAGAACUCUGCAGCCAACAGUGACACUCAGGGAGGAUCACCGUCGGGAGAGUGGCUGCGAGCUCAGCCAGGGCUUCAUUAUGGGAUGGAGAAUUCUGAAGGCGUGCCAGUUGACCAGUACAGUAUGCUGUACAAAGUGGCUCUUCCCUCUGUCACCUACGCGCCUACCAGUCUUCACCCAGUGCUAAGCCAUAUCUCUCAAGCCUACACUGUACACUCCCCUCUCCUGCAGCAUCCAGGCCUUUCCUACCCUCCCCUUGGUUAUGCCCAGAUUCCGCAUUCCUCUCUCCAGUUUGUCAGUUCCCCUUAUGCAGCCGUACCUUACGCUCUACCCCCUGGCUUUGUCCCGGGAUCAUUAAUCUCUCCCUCAGGCACCAUUCCUCAGUCCCAUGCUGUCUCCCACCUUGUUCCCUACCCCUCUGUCUUACCAGAAGGUGUUGUUUCCCCACCUCCUCAGGCCCAGGUAGCCACUCAUACCUUUGCCAAAGUUUCAGCAUCAGAGCAAUCUGCCCAGCAGCACCUUGGUGCUGUGGGAGUUCUGCCUGCAUCAGAGCUCGGCUCUCGAGGGAUGCCACUCUUCUAUCACCCUCAGGGCGCCAGGGCGGCCACCAGAGACUCCCACAGUGCCCAGCAGGACAAUGAGCCAGAGAUGAAUGGAGGCGAUAAAGAGCAGGGAGCGAGGGAAGUCGUACUGGACUCUGCGUACACUGCCAGAAAUGCACGUCUGCUGCAGGUAGCAUCCAACUCUGCAGCCCAGGAGUACAGCCAGGACAGAGGAGGGCUGAACCGACGGCUGGAGGAGAGGGGCUCACCUGGCCAGCGCAGCAGCCCAGACAGCGACCUGGAGGUUCAGCAGGUGGUUGGCCGUUUGGCUUUCUCUAGUCAAGUGCGGAAAGAGGUGUCCUUUGCUCCUUUAAACCUCUCUCAGAGAGCCAGAGAUCUCCAUGGAGAGAACACAGGCAUGAUUUCAGGUCGGACUGCGUUCCCCACUCACACUGCGAGUUACAGUGAUCCCAGGAUGGCCGCUCUCCAGCAGCAAGCAGGACCACCCGGCCACGCUGUGGUGCUGGCCAAUGGGCAACCAGUUUUGAUUCCCUUAGAGUAUCACCUGCAGCACCACCCCCAACCCCCCCAGCAGCAACACUACCAUAUACAGUCUAACAACGCCUCAGUCGCCAUGUCCUCCCCUAACCCAGGCUUUAAAGCCUCGGAUUCUUCAGCCAGAGUGUGCCUCCUUGAAAGGGUGGAGCCGACUCCAGCCCAGCAGCAGCCCCCCCAGCAGCCCCCUGUCCAGCCGGCAGCGGAUCAGGCCUUAGCUUUGAGCCACGCUCCUGCCUCGGCUCCCAGCAACCCGUCUCACUUCAUGAAGGGAGCCAUCAUCCAGCUUGCUACUGGAGAGCUGAAGCGCGUGGAGGACCUGCAGACUCAGGACUUUGUGCGCAGCGCCGAGGUGAGCGGGGGGCUUAAGAUCGACUCCAGCAUGGUGGUGGACAUCCGUGCCAGCCAGCAGAAACCAGGUCUGGUUUCGCUUCACUUCACUGUGGGGGAGCAGCAGAGCAAAGUGACCAUCGACGUGCCCCCGGAGCACCCCUUCUUCGUGUUCGGGCAGGGCUGGUCGUCCUGCAGCCCCGAGCGCACGGCGCAGCUCUACGACCUGGCCUGCCACCCCCUGCAGGUGGGGGACGUGUGUGUGUCCAUCACUCUGCAGCAGCAGCCUCAGCCUCAGCAGCAGAAACAACCACAGCACCAUAACUCACAACAGCAACAACAACAACAACAACAGCAGCAGAACAUGUCCAGGACUUUAAGCAAAACCAAUGCUUCAUCAGGGCCUGGUCACCAGCUCAUGGGGCCCCCUGCCCCUCAACAGUCCCGGCCUCCAUCUCAUUUCAGGCCGGACCGCAUCCACAGAGAAAGACAGAGGGACGGUGAGAAGGAGGCGGUCGAUAAGGAGGAAGCCACGCAUUACGGGGCCGCUGGGCUCUCCGAGUCCCCCAUAAGACCAAGUAGGACCUCAGCAGAGCACCCCAGGAGCCACAGCAGUUACCACCUGCACACAGAGGGCUCUGCUUUUGCAGGGGCCGGGCUGGGAGCAAUGCAGGCUGCACUAGGUGCUUCUCAGAGACGCUGGUCCUCACCUGGCCUCCAAAGAUAUGGUAUGAAGGGAGACGAAGGGCCACGCCCUCAAAUAAGCACCUCUGGACACACGAGGCCCUCUUUCAUCCCCCAGGAGGUCAAACUGUCUAUUGAGGGGCGCUCUAAUGCAGGGAAGUAGCAUCACUUUUGGUAGCACGUGAAAGAGUCUGACAAGGAGAGAAAGAGGAAAAAAAGAAAAAAGUGCGAAUGUAGCCUCAGAUUGUUUGAGAUUUUGCACACCUAGAUUAUACAAAAAUACAAGAUCUUUGUCUAUCUGGUGAGGAGUUCUGGUUUGUUCGGUCGUCACUCAGCCAAAGGACACGAGCCUGUGGUUUCCCAGCCAGCUCAGGUCUGACAGGGAGCUGACGAGCUGAGUAGAAAGUAUGUAGCGGAUCCAAUGCCCACCAUAGUCCUCGCACACUGCAUUCCUCUUCCUCCCUUCCUCCCUCCCUCCUUUGUCGCCACUUCCUCAUUCCCAUGCUUGAGGUUACCAUCACAUUCAGAGCACUCUUGUUUCCUCUUUGGAAGACCAAGGACUACGAAGAAUGUGUUAGUAGCAGAGUGAAGCUACACCUCGGCAGGUUCUGAUGUUUUUUAAAGAUCCCAGCCAGCGAUCUUUCAUCUCCUCCAUUCCUAAGAUCCUGUUUUCUUCAGAAGCAUUUACCCAAAAAACGAGUGCAGUUGCUGACGCAGCGGCUCCUGCAGUGCUGUUGGCACUGUUGAUGCUAACUGUCAGGUUAUGUUACAUUAUGCUUUUCUGGCAGGAGAUAAAAAAAACCUCUGCUGUCAGCAGAGAUAGUCUCUCCCCUCCUUCCUUUUCAGGAGGCGAGUCUGCAAAGAAUGAGAUCCUCUCUCAGGCGAAGUGUGGCACGUCCCACUUGUCUUACAAUCGAAAUAGUGAUAAAUCAAUCAAUGUGUCUGUUCAGCAAUCAGUUUCUACUAAAAAAAAAAAAAAUGAGCUCAUGCCCCCCUCGGGUAUAAUCUAUGUUUGUGAAUGUGUUUGCAUAAAAGCCAGAAAUUGGAACAAUGCUUUGUUCUCUAUGAUAAGUAGAGAUAUCCUGCAUUCCAGUAUCAUCAGUGAGAAUAUCCAUAGUGUUGUCCUUAGAAGAAUCACUUCCUCAGCAGUGUCAGCACCCCCCCCCCCCCCCCCCCCCCCCCCCCCCCCCCCCCCCCUCCUCUCUAUACCUCAAAGCUCUCUCCACCAAAAGCAAAUGUGUGUUUUUCAGAGGAGGCACUGGCUGGUCCUCACCAAAGCCACCUGUGAGAGAGAAACCCUGCAUGCGAGUGGGUCAGCGACCAGGUUUUUGUCUUUGCUCCGUUACCAAAUGAAAGCAAUAUUUGUUUUACAGCACCCGGCCGUACGGCUCCCCCUCAGGGAGUCUGUCAUCGUGGGCUGUUUUUAUAUCCAAGGUGUCAGAUCUGACCCUUUUUUGAACCCUGACCUUUAAAGGUGAUGCACUAUUUUUGGUGUUCCUUCAGUAAUUCUACACAAGCAAUUAUGCAUGACCAAUUUCUCAAGAACUCCUUGUAGAAGCUUCUCUUUGAUUCUCCAUCUCACUGAUGAUAUUUUUAUCUCAAGUGCAUCUCCAAGUUGUGAUCAUUAUCUUCUGUCCUCCCGUCUUGUGUUUAACAAACACGGUCCUUUGCUUUUGUACUAGGGUAUAUUGUAUCCAGUGGAUCUUAUGAUUGUCUUGGAUGAUGUCACUCAUUGAUUUCACACUGACCUUGUUGAUAGGAGUCACAGUUCAGUAGGUGUUUGUCAUUAAUGAAGGGAAUAUGUUUGAAGUAUUGUUGCCGGUGUUUUGUGGUGAGAGAGCGCCAAAAGAAACUGACUUGCUUUUUUUUAACGCUGUUUACAAAUUAGCCAAGAUGGAUGCUGCAGUUUCCUCCUCCUGACAGAUGUUCAUCCUUUUGUCACUGGAAAAUCCAAAAGGGUGAAAUUGAAUAUAAGUGCAAUUAGACCACACAUUAAAUCAUUCAGAGGUUUAUAAUCAGACAGCAUUCCUCACGCAGACAUUCCCAUUGAAAAGUAAAUCACACAGUUCCCUUUUUCCUGUCGUAGAGCUUUAACCUCUGGGAAAACAUCGUGUCACUUCUCACGCGUUAUAUUUCUUGGUUGUCAGUUCUGUGUGGUUUUUUUUCUGUCCAUCAGCCUCAUACAAAAGUGUUGUCUGUCUGUCCUCUCCAACUCUCUCAUGUUCUCCUCACCUCUCGUGGUUCUCCGAGUUAACCGCCUGACCCUCUGUCAGCAGAGGGGGGG